AUGGAGAUAGGAUGGCAAAGGGUACUGAAUUGCAUUCUAUUGCGUCGGGGCGCGUCAGGCCGCGCGGUCCGCGCGGUUGGCGCAGCGCCAGCCACCCAAGCCGUCGCCGCCGGCGUCGCUGCUUCCGGCAUGGAGGCUAGAAGACGCAUCUUCGCAGCGCAGUCCGCUGGCGCUCGCUCGCACAGCCAGCACGUGUCGCUUCUGCUCAGACCACCGCGCGUGCCACUGCUGCCGACGCGCUGCCUGGUCGCCACCACAAUCAAGCUAGAUGCGCCAGCGCGGUGA